CCUAAUGUACAGCUAAACGUAUAUAUUCACACAUACGGGGAGAGAGUACGGUAUAUUUAAGAAAUAUUACCUAAUUACCCCGUGGAGUCCGUGGACUCAGCACUCGGGGUUCACUGGGCACUCACGUGAAACGUGACCGGCAUUGGGUUUCUUCGUGACAGCUGACGCACGGCGGGAGAGAACACGAGGGUACUUGCUUGACGAUGGCAGCGUUAUUCCGCAUGAAUUGCGUGCAGGGUCUGCGCCGGGGGUUAGCUCUGAUGUCCAAGGAGCCCAAGGAGAUGACGGUGUGCCGCAGGAUAGCGACGACAUCGUGCCGUCGCGAGGGCGCCAAGGAGGCGGAGAAGUCCGUCAAGAGGAAGUGGGUAAGCUACGGCUUCAGCAGCAAGGACGAGGCGGAGGAUCGUCAUGCCCUGCAUCAGACCAUGUUCGUCUGCGUAACGAUAUGCUUCGUGCUCGGGUGCACCGUUAUGGCCUAUCUACCCGAUGUCAGGAACAAGGACUGGGCGCAGCGAGAGGCGUACCUGCGGCUCCGUUACAGAGAGGAGCACGGGCUUCCCCACGUCGAUCGCAAUUACAUUGAUCCGUCGAAGAUAAUACUGCCGACCGACGAGGAGCUAGGUGAUACAGAGAUUAUCAUUUAAAGAGUAGUGUCUCUGACGACGCCGAGAACGUUGUUUGAACUUCGAGUGUUGUUACUGCCUAUCUCUCUUACUUAGUACUUGUUAUGUUAAUUGAGGAUAACAUGUAAUAAACGCCUGCUUUUGCGCGAAU